AUGCAGGUCGACGCCGAUCUCAGCAUCCCACCUGUCCGCAGCAGAUCAACAUCCCCAGUCCGUGAACUGCUCAAUGUCGAUCUCAGCAUCCCACCUGUUCGCAGCAGAUCAAUAUCCCCAGUCCAUGAACUGCUCAAUGCUACUUACGUUAUUCGAGACAGCGCAGACUCUUCCAUGCCGGAGAUGGAUCUACAAAGUAGCUUCAUCGAAGACAGGUCCUUCGAUGACGGCAGAUCCUUCAGUCAACCGGCACCACAACUGGAUGAAUCCUUAAGAGAUCGCUCCCUUGACGAUUCAAUUCCAGAUGACGCCCCAGUUACCUUCAACGUAGUGGAAGGUGGUACCAAACGCGGGGGACAGAAACUGGUCAGUAGUGAUGGUUAUACAUACACACGAAGGAAUGUUAAAGAGGGUCGCGUAUACUGGACAUGCAGUAUACGCAACAGGAACUUCAAGUGUAUGGCAAGUGUGAAGCAGUACGGGGACUUAUUCACACCCAGUCUGAAUGGACACCAGCAUCCCGCUGUGCCUGGCGCUCUGAAGAAGGUGACGAUAGCAGCGAAGGUGAAGCAAGUUGCUCGGGAAAAUGUUUUCCGGCCUGCCGGUGAAAUUGUGGAGACCGUGAUGAAGGAUCUGAUUUCGGCAGAAGAAUUCGCUCUACCGAAACCAGAUCUUCUUAUCAGGGCCGCCAAUCUUCAUCGGCAGAAUCUCCGACCAACGGACCCAACUACGGUGGAUUUCGAGAUCAAUCCCACUUUCAUCGGACCAGACUUCGUUGCGGACGACAUCCGGGUAGACGACCAGAGGCACAUAUUUCUUGCCACAACACCUCAGUUACAGCAGCUUAAACAGGCCAGGCGGUGGUUCUUGGAUGGCACCUUCAAACUGGUGAAACGCCCGUUUUACCAGUUAAUGUCUGUCCACGCGUUCGUCCGAAAGGGUGAAGAUGCCAAACAAGUACCACUCGCCUACGUACUGAUGUCACGGAGAACAAAGCAGGAUUAUAUUGCGGUGCUGACCAGUCUACGUAGUAAGCUGGAACGCCCGCAGGUUGAAUGGUUCAUGCUGGACUUUGAAGCUGCUGCCUGGCAGGCAUUAAGGGAAGUUUUUCCGGGGUGUGUUCUGAAGGGAUGUGUGUUCCAUUGGAGUCAGCGGGUUUACCGUAAAAUCCAGUCCGAGGUUCUCGCCACUGCCUACCUGAAAAAAGAAGACAAGUACAGGUACUUACGGAAACUGCUGAGUCUGCCAUACCUCCCUUCAGAGCAAAUUCCAUCGGCUUUCCACCAGUUGAAGCAGCAAGCUUUAGAAGUCGGCGGCCCAAUCCUGCACGUGACGCAGUAUGUCCAGGGUACGUGGAUAGAAGGAAGUAUGUGGCAGCCGAACCACUGGAGUGUGUUCAGGGAGACGGUCAGGACAAACAACGACGUUGAAGGGUGGCAUAGAAGAAUCAACACCCGGGCUGGUCGGGCUGAUUUGGAGUUCUACCUGCUUGUACCUUUGCUUCGCAGAGAGGCCAAGACGGUAGAUCUCCAAAUCAGGCUUGUAUCAGCCCUUCUACUGACGAGGCUUCACAGAGCAAGAUACGCCAGACUCCAUGGGGCAUUGUUUGACGCUUGGGACAAAUACGAAGACGGUGAACUGACGACGACACAACUUCUACGUAGAUGCAGCAACAUCGCGGGGCUCGGACCUUCCACUGGAUCUACCAACAGCGCGGUACAAGAAGAUGUAUAAAUUAAAUCAAAGAAACUGACAUUGAAAAUGUGUGUUUUGUAGUGUAUUGUAUUGUACAUUAAAUGCGUAUGUUCUGUUGCUUCUUUUUCUUUUUCUUUUUGACAUGACAUGUGUAUUAUAAUGUAUAUAAUUAUAUUGUAUUGAUAUUGAAUGUGAUAUUUUAUAAUGUAUAAAAUUAUAUUGUAUUAAAUGUGCUAUUGUUUCUUUUUCUUUUCAGGGUUGACAUGACAUGUGUAUUAUAAUGUAUAUAAUUAUAUUGUACUGAUAUUGAAUGUGAUAUUUUAUAAUGUAUAAAAUUAUAUUGUAUUGAUAUUGAAUGUGAUAUUGUUUCUUUUUCUUUCAGGGUUGACAUGAUAUGUAUAAAAUUGCAUUGUGUAUUGACUGUGAUAUUAAUUGCUUCUUUUUCUUUUUCAGAGUUUACAUGGCUUAUGUAUUAUAAUGUAUAAAAUUGUAUUGUGUAUUGAAUGUGCUAUUGAUUGCCUUUUUUUUUCUUUUUCAGAGUUGACAUGUGUAUUAUAAUGUUAAAAUUGUAUUGUGUAUUAAAUGUGCUUCUUAUUUUCAUUGUUGAAUGUGUGUCUUUUGUGAUGAUGUAAAUAAAUGUAAAAAUAUAAAACGCUUUGUUUUUCUUCUGCAAAUACAUUUUGAUGAUAAAUUAAUUUCUAAUUAGAAACAUCUAUGAAAUGUCGGGAAUUUAAUGAGCAGAAUGUGCCACAAUUAGCACCUCACUGACAUUCUAGAAAUGCAAGGAAUUUAGCACAUUUUAAGUAUAAUAAUCAUCGAUCAUCUGUUAAGCUUUGGGGACC